CCAGGACCAUUUCUGUGCUCUUCUUGCUGCGUAUUUUUUUCCACAUUUGUAUUACUAUUAUUUUUUGGGGGCAACAAACACUUGAGCACCAUUAAUAACCACCAUGAAGGAAAGGAGAAACACGCAGCCGCUGGUGGUGAGAUGUAAACUGGUUCUUGUUGGAGACGUUCAAUGCGGAAAAACGGCGAUGUUGCAAGUCCUGGCGAAGGAUUGUUACCCAGAGACCUACGUGCCCACGGUGUUUGAAAACUACACAGCCUGUCUGGAGCUGGAGGAGCAGCGAGUGGAGCUCAGUCUGUGGGACACCUCAGGUUCUCCGUACUAUGACAACGUGAGGCCUCUGUGCUACAGCGACUCAGAUGCGGUUCUGCUGUGUUUUGACAUCAGCCGUCCCGACACGGUGGACAGCAGCCUGAAGAAGUGGAAAACUGAGAUCCUGGACUUCUGUCCGAGCACACGGAUCCUCCUCAUCGGCUGUAAGACCGACCUGCGCACAGACGUCUGCACGCUGAUGGAGCUGUCCAAUCAGAAACAGACUCCCAUCACCUACGAGCAGGGUUCUGCUAUGGCCAAGCAGCUGGGAGCAGAGGCUUACCUGGAGUGCUCAGCGUUCACCUCGGAGAAAAGCAUCCACAGCGUUUUCCGCACGGCGGCGAUGGCGUGCAUCAACAAGCUGCAGCCGCUCCCCAAGCCCAGCCCCACCCGCCGCCUCUCCAAAAGACUGCUCCACCUGCCCAGCAAGUCGGAUUUGCUCUCCUCCACCUUCAAGAAGGAGAAGGCCAAGAGCUGCUCGGUCAUGUGAGUUGAGACCUGCUGGGUCACAGUCCUCACAUGCAACCCCCGGCCCCCGCCUCUUUGGUCUCGGGGAAGGGGGGGUGGGCACGAUGGUUUUAUCAGGACCUCCCUGCUGAAUCCUUCCCUCACCCCCCCGGAAACCAAACGCCCCUCAGAAGAGGUGGACACCUCGCUGUCCACUUGCUCCUGAACCUUUUAGCGCACAUCCAUCUUUCUCCACUACUGUUUAUCUUGCUUUGGAGCAAACAAAAUCAAAGUUUGAUCAUCGAGCUCUCAUAAUUUCUUUCACCUGUAAACAGUAUGCAACUACAACGGUGUUACAUCUGUCUGAUUUUACUUCCUCUCUCUCUCUCUGGGCACAUGUUGAUUUUGUCCAAAUUGGAAAUGUGCAACGUGUGACGUUUAAUCUUUGUGAUGUAAAAUGCUUCUCAGACAAUUCAAUGGAUAUUUUUAUAAAAAUAAAUCUAGCAUGAAACCGUCAGGAAUUAGCAAAAAGUCCUGUACGUCCCUCUUAGUAAAGGUGUGUGAGCUGUGAAGUAGCUUGUCGCCCCCAUUUCGGCCUGUGAAAGCACAGAGAUGGAGAGUAAGAGCUAUUACAUAUAUAUAUAGCUAUUAUAUAUAUAUAUAUAUCAUAUAUAUAUAUAUAGAGAGAGAGAGCGGCUCUCGUUGCCUCCGUGGCGAUGAGAGCCGGGAUACGAGCGGUGAGCGCUAGCUGCUAGCUGCUAUUCCAACCUGCACGAUUGUUGAUGCCUGGUUGUUUAGCUCUGGGCAGCGCUGGGUGGAGGAGGCUGGCUGACGGGGCUCUGUGUGUGCACAAAACGACAGAAAUGAAAUGAGGACACACGCAAAAAAAAAUAAAAUAAAGAGAAGUUUAGCCGGGCUUCCGCUGUCUCUGCUGUCACGUUUUGAAAUACUAUUUUGGUGAUGGGACACAAAAGAUGCUUUUAUAUAAAUAAAAAAAAGCAUUUAAAAACGGUUCAAUGCCGAACUGUCGAGUGUUAUUUAUGAAACGGUGGCUGGAUAUAUUGAUGCCAGUCAAAGUGUUAUAUUGAUGCCAGUCAAAGUGUUCGGAGGCAGAUUUAAAAGCGUUUAAAAGGAAAAUGCCUCCUGAAGUCAGUUAAUGGGGGAAAAAAUCUGGAGUGCAGUUUCAAAUAUUCUUCAGAAAAAGAUUUGUAGCAUUGCGUUGUUGACAGAUUCUCAACAAUUCUCAAAUGGUAUGCAGUUUUGAAAAAUGCCUUUCAUAUCCUGGAAGUCAUUGAGAUUUUUUGACUACUCUAAUAUGCCUGUGGAUUUUUCUCCUUUGCAACUAUCCAAAUGUAGCACUCCCAACCCGACUCUACUCUUCUUCCAAGAUGACUCGUUUUUUUGUCAUACACUCUUUAUUAUUAAUCUAUCGAACCUCCAAUAAGCAGCACUUACUGUAGGUUACAACGACCACGAAGCAAAAGUCGGACCCUUCUUCCUGAGCUUAAAUCCUUGGCUUCAUGGUUAUUAUGUGUGUGUGCAGCAUUGAUCUCCGUGCUUCUAACCAUAAAGCAAUAAAGAUUUAAGUGGUUGUGAUGCAAGGUAAACCUGUGCGGCAAUAAAGAUGCAGCUUUGUGAUUCCUGUCAUGCUUUAGUGCUCCAUGGACAUCCAACUUAUAGACUGAAACCAUCUCUGCUGUACAAAGAGGCUGCUGAUCUGUGUUUGCCCCGCCUCCUCGGUGAAAGUAGCCACUUAUAUAUAUGGAAAAACCAAUAGGGCGCCACAGAAAUCACUUCCUGAGCCUGGAAGUUAGCAUGUUAGCACCAUGGGGCCCUCACCUCUCAGCUUCAGCUUAGCUUUUUUUAUUUUAUUUUUUUAUUUCGAACAUGUGCGAGUGACACAACAAAGUAAAUUCAAAACAAACAAAUCCAAUGAGAAUAAUCAAAACAAAAAAAUAGCAAUAGUCAAAACAAAAGCUAUAAUGUGAACUUAACAAAGGAGUAGGAUGAAGCAUAAUAUGCUUAUUUAAACCUACCCCUUCUCUUCUCCACUACUCAAUUAACACGUUUUUUUUCCCUGAACAUACAUAUUUAAAUAGAUAGAUAGAAAAUAAAUAGAUUAAAUAAACAAAUACAUGAAUAAUUUAUCAUUUAUGAAAACACCCGGUUGUUAAAGCCCUUCUUCCUCCCUGUACCUGGUGCAAACCAUGUGUUUGUAUCGCUUUUUAAACUGGAUCAUGCUUGGACAUUGCUCUCAAACUCAUGAGGAUUUUAAAUUGGUUUUGGUUAGAAAUAAGCUCUAUGGUUUUAACACAAGAUGCGUUAAUAAACACCCCAAUUUGUGCAUUCUGAAGGUUUUACAUGUCCUUAAAAAUUGCUAACAAGUGGUUAAAUGAGGCUACAGAGCAAGGUUAUAAUAGUUUUAGAUUUUUCAUUAGUUUUAGUUUUAAUCUCGUUGUGAUUUUUUGUUUUCGUAUCGUGAUUUUUUUGUUAGUUUCAAUUAGUUUUUAGAGUGAGUUUGCUAGUUUUAAUUCGUUUUUAUUUUGGGGAUUAGAUUUAGUUUUUUUGUAAUGGGGUAUUUGUUUUCGUUAUUUUGUUACUUUUCGUUAACUAUAAUAACCUUGCUACAGUGGUUGUCGUGGUAGAAGUCGUGCAACUGUGGUGUAAUUCACUACAGCAUAUUCACAGCAUGGAUUUUUCUAUGUUGUUCCAAAGGUCUUGGUGUAUUUAUGUAAUAUUCUGGAGGGAUUUUAUUUAAAAAAAAACAAGCAAUCCCUAAAUGUGUGUAGCAUAUGGUAGUACGGAUAGAGUGCGGAUAAGCGGUUAAGGAUACUGAACAUCGUAAAAGGGUUGUUUUUUAAUUUAUGAAGAUUAUUCUGCAGCAUCAGAAACUUGUGUUUGCCACAGUGCUUUUUUUUCUGCAACGAUCCAAAAUCCAAUGCAAAAACCCCAUAGGCGACUUCUCAACAGCCCCCAUGGUGAUGCUAACUUCCGGGUUGGCGAACAAAAAAUACAAAAUUUAGUUUGCUCUCUAUGACGACGUCCUGCUGUUAAUAAAUGUUAAAUAAAUCAAAUGGUGUGAACAGGAGGGAGCGGUGCUCUGUGGAGAUGUUAGCCUUUGCUGUCAAUUUUUACAUAAUCAUAAUAAAAACGUGUCGAGGCAGCAGGACGUAAAGAAACGGUGCAUGCACGAUGCAGCGUGUGCUUUUAAAAUUGGAAAAAUCUACUUCAAAAGUCCAUCUUGUAAAAAAAAGGGCUAGUGUGUGUGUGUGUUUUGGGGGGUGGGGGGUAAUAAUGUGAGGAGAAGUAAUCAAAAUGCACAGGCUGGCCCUGUCCAAAGAAAGCUAUUUUUCCAUUCUUUGUUUAUUUGGUUGAUGUGUAUUUUUUCUCUUUUUUUUUGGUAUUUAAACGCAUGAUGUAAGUCCUGAUGUUGUUUAUUGAGAUAACGUCUUUACGGAGCUGUGGACUGCCCCGAUAGAUAGUCGGAGGAACUUAAAGGGGCGAUUUGCACAAAAGCUUCCAGUUCAUGUUCACACAUCAAAUUCCUCAGCAUCGCCUAGCAACAGUUCAGCGUAGGAAACGGAGAUGGUGGGUUGGUGGUUUGGACAGAGAGCAGACAUCCCCACAUCCAUUAUAACAGGCUUGUUAUAUAUAUAGAUAUAAAACAAAUAGGGCCGGGACUCGAUUAAAAAAAUCAAUCUAAUUAAUUAGAGGCUUUGUAAUUAAUUAAUCGAAAUUAAUCGCAUUUUAAUCGCAUAUAAAUAUUUGACCUGAGAACAGUGAGAAGUAAUUUUUUUAGUACACCAUUGAAUAAUGACUGAAUACAUAAGCUAAAGCAACAAAAAUAUUGUUUAUUUUUGUUCAAGUCCAACAGACCAGUGCAAUUUUUGCCAUUAAGUGUAGCAAUAGCUUUAUAGCAGGGGUCUCAAACUCAAAUUACCUGGGGGCAGCUGGAGGCAGUAUCAAAAUGAGCAAAAAAAGACACAAAAUGACGAAAAAAUGACACAAAAUGACCCAAAAAAGACACAAAAUUGUUUAAAAAAGACACUAAAUGACCCAAAAAAGACACAAAAUUGUUUAAAAAAGACACUAAAUGACAAAAAAAGACAUAAAAUGACUAAAAAAAGACACAAAAUGACAGAAAAAAACUAAAUCACUUAAAGACACAAAAUGACCAAAAAAAGACACUAAAUUGUUUAAAAAAGACACUAAAUGACCCCAAAAAGACACUAAAUGACAAUAUUUCGAAAUAUAUUACAAUUCAGGUAGCCAAUAUGUAGGUAGACCUUCUGUAAAUUAUAAUACUUUGGUAUUUUAAUUAAAACACAAUACUUUCAAGUACAUUCAGAACAUUAGAAACCCUGACUAUUAUUAUUACUUAUCGAUGCUUCCAUCCGUUCGUUUAUUGGUGCUCCAGUAUAAUCGGUCCGCCUGAAACUCAUCCAGUGAGAAACGUUCCGCUGUGCAAAAAUAAGUGCGAUUGAAAUGCGUCAAUUUUUUUAACGUGUUAAUUAAUUAAUCUUAAUUAACGUGUUAAAGUCCCGGCCCUAUUAAAAAAGCAACAUUUCCGUCUUUAUUUUUUUCCUUUGGGUUAGUUAUGGAGCUGAUGCCAGGCUUUGGGAUGGAUUGUCAGUUAAUAUGCAGCCUUUGUGUUGUAGUCAGUGUUUGGUACAAUGGUGCAGUCAAACUCCUAAGCAUGUCCUAUUAAAGUUGUAUGAUUGUACAUACUGUCUCUUGUUUUAUAACCAUUGUAAGACAUCGUCAAGAA